AUGGAAUCCUCGAAGCCCCCAAAACUCGACGCCGUGAUGCCUGACGACCCCUCCUCCGACCCCGCCUCCCCCUCCCGCAAGAGCGACCGCAAGCGCAAAGCCCGCGACUUAUCCGAGGAAGAGCCCUCCGGCAAGAGCUCCCAGGCCGGCCAGCGCCGGCUGGCCGACGACAACGCCGUCGCCGUCCUCCGCGCCGCCGUCGACUUCCGCUCCGCCACCGGCUCCAUCCCGCUUCCCUCCAACAUGGGCAUCUUCUACGACUUCGUCAAAGCAUCCCUCCCAACCCCCCUGACCAAGGAGCAGGUCUACAACAAGCUCCGCCACCUCCGCCACAAGUUCCAGAAGUCCGGUCCUCCGGGCUCCGGCCCCAACGACGGCCUCGUCCACGAUCUAUGCACCGAAGUUUGGGGCGCCGUGGACAAGAAAGAUGAUAACAAGGAGGAAAAGAAGGCCAAAGAGGGCACUCCGGUGGCGGCCAUCAAGAAUGGGCAUGCGGCACCAGUGGCUGCCGAGGAGGAGGAGGAGCAGCAGGGUGAUGGGGAGGAGCGGGGAGUUCAUGGGCUUGAUUCCUUGCUGUAUGUGAGCACUGCAGCUGCGGAGCACUGGAAGGCGAACGAGCUCUGGGGUGUGUCGUGGGAGGCGGGCUUGAAGCGGAUGGAUCCCUCCAAGGCGAGAGUUUUGGAGGAGAAGUGGAGGAGGCAACUGGGCGACGAGAUGAAGCACCAGAUGGAGUGGUCCAAGACAAGCAGGGAGCUUCUGGCGUUGCUGAAUGAUGCGUACAAGGGUAUGAAUACAUAG